AAAGCAACUAGCUGCUACUAUAAUGGUGGUGUGGAAUUUGAUUGAUUUUCGUCUUUCAACUUCAUAAAUGUUUGUCAAUCUAUAUAUAGUGAAAUAUCUAUAUAGAGUGAAAAUCUUUAUCUGAUAUUACUAUCAGUAUCAGUAUUUUGUAUUAUUAAUAAUUAUUUUAAAUAAUGUGAGAAACUUGACAUUAUUACAUUAUGCUUUGUUUAUCAAGCCUUAAUAAAAGAAAAUGAUAUUGCUAUACACACAUGGGUUACUAUAAAUAUAUAUAUCGAUACGCAGAAUUACGGAGCCGCUACAGGUCAUUGCAUGUAAACAUCAGAAGACGCUGAAUAUUCGGUUCAGAAACAACUUAAAAAUAUUUGUAAAUAUUUGAAAAUAAAAUAUUAACACAUUAAUCUUCACUAGAAUAAAAAUUAACAAUGUCUACCACAACGUCAGCAACUCUUGUAAAAAAAAGUGUGAAAACUCAAUGCUGUAACAAGAAAAGCGACUUGGUAAAGUUACGUGAAGACUUACGGCAGAGAUGUAAGCUGCGAAUGCGCGAAAAGCGACAAGAAUUACUUAAUGAACGAAGAUUUGGCGUAUCUUCUGACAAAGAUGUACAAGACAAACUUAUGAAAAUAUUUGAAGAAGAAUUAACUGAAUUAGCUGUAACUAAAAAUUAUGAAGUUCUUGAAGGUACUGCUGACAAUAUUAAGAAAUUUAUCAACAGUGAACAUCCUGUAGAACCAGUUACAGAAGAAGAAAAAAUAAUCGUAGAGGAAUUCCAAAAGUUGAAAGAAGAAGAAACUUCAACUUUAUUGAAAGAAGAAAGUUGAAAAAAUGAAGUCCUAAGUUUUUUCUGAAGGAAUGGCAAUUUGGAGUUUUUCAUUCUGUACAUGGUCUUAUUUAUUUACACAGUAUAUUUUGUCAUCAUAAUAGUCAUUCAACAUUUAGUCACAUAUAAAGUUCUUGUGUAUUAUGAAUAUUAUAAAACAAAUAUUUAUGGUAAGAAUUUAUCACUAUUGAGACUCUUAAUAAUUUAAAUAGUUUAUUAUAGAGAAAAAAUAUUGUAAUUUAUUUCAUAUUUAUUUAAGAGUGUAUAUCAAUAGUGUUAUAAAUUUAGAUUACAUUUUAUUAUUAUUUACUUAAACAAGAAUUGAGAUGCAUAUAUAAUUAAAUUAAUGGAAUAUAUUAGGUUUAUUAAGACUAUUUUUAUAGUCUCUUUAAGUGAUGUAAUUUGUAAUACAUUA